CGGGGAGGAGGGAGGAGGCCGCAGGCCGGAGGGAGGAGGCUGCAGGGAGGAGGAGGCGGCGGGAGCGCCGCCCGCACGGCCCGCCCAGCCUCCCGGCCCCGCGCCGCGCGAGCCCGCUUUGUGCUCCCGCAGAAGAUGGGAGCCGGCUGGGGCCGGCCGCGCGCCCAGUGAGGCCCCGCCAGGCCGGCACCGUCGGGGGUCUGCUCGGGGGCAGCCAUGUUGCCGCUCAGCCUGUGGCCCACCUGGCCCGCCGGGCUCCACCUGCUGACCCUCGUGACGCUGCUCUUCUGGCACGUGGAGCACCUCCGGGCCGAGCCCGAGGCGGAAGGGGAAGGCAACAGCACGGCCGAGUGCACAGGCUCCUACUACUGUAAGAAGGGGGUGAUCCUGCCCGUCUGGGAGCCGCAGGACCCCUCCUUUGGGGACAAGAUCGCCCGCGCCACCGUGUACUUCGUGGCCAUGGUCUACAUGUUCCUCGGCGUCUCCAUCAUCGCCGACCGCUUCAUGUCCUCCAUCGAGGUCAUCACCUCACAGGAGAAGGAGAUCACCAUCAAGAAGCCCAACGGGGAGACCACCAAGACCACCGUGCGGAUCUGGAAUGAGACGGUGUCCAACCUGACCCUCAUGGCCCUGGGCUCGUCCGCCCCCGAGAUCCUGCUGUCGGUCAUCGAGGUGUGCGGCCACAACUUCACGGCGGGCGACCUGGGCCCCAGCACCAUCGUGGGCAGUGCCGCCUUCAACAUGUUCAUCAUCAUCGCCCUGUGCGUCUACGUGGUCCCCGACGGCGAGACCAGGAAGAUCAAGCACCUGCGCGUGUUCUUCGUGACGGCUGCCUGGAGUAUCUUCGCCUACACCUGGCUCUACAUCAUCCUGUCCGUCAUCUCCCCGGGCGUCGUGGAGGUGUGGGAGGGGCUGCUCACCUUCUUCUUCUUUCCCAUCUGCGUGGUGUUCGCCUGGGUGGCCGACCGGCGGCUCCUCUUCUACAAGUAUGUCUACAAGAGGUACCGGGCCGGCAAGCAGAGGGGCAUGAUCAUCGAGCAUGAGGGCGACCGGCCGUCGUCCAAGACGGAGAUCGAGAUGGAUGGCAAGGUGGUCAACUCGCACGUCGACAACUUCCUGGACGGCGCGCUGGUGCUGGAGGUGGACGAGCGGGACCAGGAGGACGAGGAGGCCCGGCGGGAGAUGGCCAGGAUCCUGAAGGAGCUCAAGCAGAAGCACCCGGAGAAGGAGGUCGAGCAGCUCAUCGAGCUGGCCAACUACCAGGUGCUGAGCCAGCAGCAGAAGAGCCGCGCCUUCUACCGAAUCCAGGCCACGCGCCUGAUGACCGGGGCCGGCAACAUCCUCAAGCGGCACGCGGCCGACCAGGCACGCAAGGCGGUCAGCAUGCACGAGGUCAACACCGACAUGACCGACGGCGACCCGAUCAGCAGAAUCUGCUUCGAGCAGGGCACCUACCAGUGCCUGGAGAACUGCGGCACCGUGGCGCUCACCAUCGUGCGCCGGGGCGGGGACCUCACCAGCACGGUGGUUGUGGACUUCCGGACGGAAGAUGGCACGGCCAACGCGGGCUCGGACUACGAGUUCACGGAGGGCACGGUGGUCUUCAAGCCCGGCGAGACGCAGAAGGAAAUCCGCGUGGGCAUCAUCGACGACGACAUCUUCGAGGAGGAUGAGAACUUCCUGGUGCACCUGAGCAACGUCCAGGUCUCGGCCGAGGCGUCCGAGGACAGCGUCCUGGAGGCCAACCACGUGUCGGCGCUGGCCUGCCUGGGCUCCCCCUGCACGGCCACCGUGACCAUCUUCGACGACGACCACGCCGGCAUCUUCACCUUCGAGGAGCCCGUGACGCACGUGAGCGAGAGCAUCGGGGUCAUGGAGGUGAAGGUCCUGCGCACGUCGGGUGCCCGCGGGAACGUCAUCGUGCCCUACAAGACCGUCGAGGGCACUGCCAGGGGCGGCGGCGAGGACUUCGAGGACUCCUGUGGGGAGCUGGAGUUCCAGAACGACGAGAUCGUCAAAACAAUAUCAGUCAAGGUAAUUGAUGAUGAGGAGUAUGAGAAAAACAAGACCUUCUUCCUUGAGAUCGGAGAGCCCCGCCUGGUGGAGAUGAGCGAGAAGAAAGCCCUGUUGUUGAGUGAGCUUGGUGGCUUCACACUAACAGGAAAAUACCUGUAUGGCCAGCCCGUCCUCCGGAAAGUCCAGGCGCGCGAGUACCCGGGCCCCUCCACUGUAGUCUCCAUCGCAGACGAGUAUGACGACCGGCAGCCGCUGACCAGGAAGGAGGAGGAGGAGCGGCGGAUCGCGGAGCUGGGCCGGCCCGUGCUGGGGGAGCACACUCGGCUGGAAGUCAUCAUCGAGGAGUCCUACGAGUUCAAGAGCACCGUGGACAAGCUCAUCAAGAAGACCAACCUCGCCCUGGUGGUGGGCACCAACAGCUGGCGGGAGCAGUUCAUCGAGGCCAUCACCGUGAGUGCCGGAGAGGAUGAUGACGAGGACGAGUGUGGGGAGGAAAAGCUGCCAUCUUGCUUCGACUACGUGAUGCACUUCCUGACCGUGUUCUGGAAAGUUCUCUUUGCCUUCGUGCCCCCAACUGAGUACUGGAACGGCUGGGCCUGCUUCAUCGUCUCCAUCCUCAUGAUCGGCCUGCUUACGGCCUUCAUCGGGGACUUGGCCUCCCACUUCGGCUGCACCAUUGGCCUCAAGGACUCCGUGACGGCCGUGGUGUUCGUGGCACUGGGGACCUCCGUGCCAGACACGUUCGCCAGCAAAGUGGCGGCCACCCAGGACCAGUACGCCGACGCCUCCAUCGGCAACGUCACGGGCAGCAACGCGGUCAACGUGUUCCUGGGCAUCGGCGUGGCCUGGUCCAUCGCCGCCAUCUACCACGCGGCCAACGGGCAACAGUUCAGAGUGUCCCCCGGCACGCUGGCCUUCUCGGUCACGCUCUUCACCAUCUUUGCGUUCAUCAACGUGGGGGUGCUGCUGUACCGGCGGAGGCCCGAGAUCGGAGGUGAGCUGGGGGGGCCCCGGACUGCCAAGCUGCUCACGUCCAGCCUCUUCGUGCUCCUGUGGCUCUUGUACAUUUUCUUCUCCUCCCUGGAGGCUUACUGCCACAUAAAAGGCUUCUAAGGAACAAGCAGAUAGAGU